AUGGACCAGCACCAGUCCCUUCUCCCAUGUCAUCUACAGGACGAACACAACACUGCAACCGAACCUGCUGGAUACGGCACCGGACACAGUGAAGGAGGCCACGCGCCACAAUUCCGAGAGAUUCCACUCUUCCAGCGUUCAGUCACCUCUUCUGCUUGUGUCAGCUGUACGCCGUACCCGACUGACCCGUUAUGGGGCACCCUGGACCCGGUGGAUACCCGCCAUGCCAAGGGCAAAGCAGUCGUCAGAGGCAAGAGGUGCAGUGCAUCCACUUACUUCCUCUCACCGAGGCAUCUCUUCCCCUGGAUGAGAGAAACUCGGCAUGACCUAAACCAGAGUGCAUCUGACUCCAACGAAUUAGGUGAUUCAGUGUGCAGUCGUAACGAGGCUGGUGGUCUCCCAAGUAGAGGAAGAGAUGGAGGGCGAGACGGAGACAGAGGUAGAGACGGAGGGAGGCGAGCGAGGACGGCGUUCACCAGUACUCAGCUAGUGGAGCUGGAAAAGGAGUUUCACUUCAGCCCCUACCUAUGUCGACCACGCAGGCUGGAGAUGGCUGCGGGCCUGAGGCUCACUGACCGGCAGAUCAAGAUCUGGUUCCAGAACCGACGCAUGAAAUACAAGAAGGAUCAUAAGGAGGACAGAGGGACAGCGACUGAGACACCGUCGCCGUCCCUCUCUACCACCACACACAUGCCAUCCCUCAGCCCAAGGUCCUCUGUUGGAGUUGGGUACUCAGGAUUCAGAAGUGCUUGUCUGGUGAGAGGGAUUCGAUCUCCAAACCUUCUCCUCGUUAAUUAUGAUCGUACCCCUGCGUCGGGUUCUCACAGUAAGGCCAACACCAGUGACUGUUUAUGUGUUACUCCCAUGGACCUUCCCCAGCUCACCACCGGAACUGCGCCUGCCUCUGAUAGUCUGCAGUCAGCCCUUACGGUUGUAGACAGCGGAUGUUUGUGCACAGGUCUCUCCAAACUCGCCCCAGGGCACCUAUCAUCUUAUGUUGACAGUGACAUCAGUGCAUAUUUCAGAUGUAGAGGAUGCCUCUUCGACCUAGAACCCCCUACACUUACUCACCUGUAA